UUUGUUGGCAGGUGACUCCCGCUUGCAUACAACGGUUGGAUCUUUUCCAAAAAGAUCUCCAAAGUGAUUGGAAACGGCAUCGGAAUGGAUCCAAUCCGGAAGCAGGGUCUUGCUUGGUACUUGCCUUGCUGGGCCAGGCAACGAUUGAUCCUUCAUUCUUUCGUUGUUGCCAUAAUAUAUACAAUCUGCCAGCAGAUCUCACAACAGAGAACUCCAUCAAUCAAUCAAUCAAUCAAUAGGUCAAGAAGAAGUUACCAUGCCUCCUCCCCACCACGAUCAUCAUCACCACCACCAUCACCAUGAAAUGGAAGAUUGGGACGAUUAUUGGUGGCACGAACUUCCCAAGGACAAGCAAGAUGCUGCCACUGUCCUUGGAUGGACCGAGAAGAUGUGGGACGAUGAUGGCAAGGCGGAUACCGAAGAUUUGGAUUGGGGCGAAUUGAGCCACGAACAAAAAAAGGCGGCCGAAGCAUUUGGAUAUCACCCCAAGUUGUGGGAUGAAGGUCCUGGGCACCACCCUCCUCACCACCACCCCCCUCAUCACCACGAUCAUCACCAUCACCACCCUCACGAAGAUCACAAGCCCGACGGAAAGCCCAAGGAAGAAGAAAAGAAGGAUGGAGACGACGAAGAACCCGAUAUUAGCAACUUGAAUGUCAAUGACGGCGACAAGAAGGAAAGCGACAAGAAGGAAAAGCCUCAGUUCAAAGUAUCCAAGACGUUUGGUGGCGGUGGCGGAGCGCCUUUUGAUCACGGCAACAAUCGGAACAUUUCCAAGAUUACCGUCUUUCACGAUGGUCAUGCGGUGCGCGGACUCGAAGUACACUACGGCAACAUGACAAAGAAGGCGGGAGAAUGCAAGGGCAAGUCCAAGACGCUCGAAUUGAACAAUGGCGAAUUCAUUACCGGUGCCACGGUCCGCAGCAACGAGCUGGUUCAGUCGUUGGCAUUCAAAACCAACAAGGGAACAGAAUUCGGACCCGUCGGUGGAAAAGGAUGGAGUAAGUUGAAUCCAUUGGGAUUUGGUGACAAGGAAGGAGAAGAAGUCAAGGUGCCGGCACCUUUCAAGUUUCAGUUGGUUGGAUUUUCAGGAAAGGCGGGAUCGUACAUUGAUCAAGUGGCCUUUCGAUGGGGACCCGUCCCGCAAAUGAACAAGAAACAGCAGCAGAGCAAGUAGGUUCUGCCUCCCACACAAAAACAACGACGACAAAAAGUCAGCAUUCUGUCUGUAGUCGCUCAUUUGAAAUGAACCGAUGAAAAAGAGAAUGGAUAUCCUCGCAUCGCAUCAAACACACAAGAGCAGUGCUCAAUCAAUACAUAUAGAACUAAAAUUGAACGGAAACGAUAACGACAUUACGCAAAAAUCCGCACACCAUUUUCACCACGUACAUUCGCUAGCAU